AUGGCUGAAAAAAGUGAAAGCACAAGCGAGACGAGCACCCCAAAACAGGAAGACAAGUCCACCGGCAACUGGUGGGACUCAUGGAUCACAUCAGCCAAGACCAAGUCUGCGGAAGUGUACUCAAUGGUCAAAAAAGACCUUGAUGAAAUUGGUACAGCUGUUAAAAGCGAGGCCAGUCAUGUGUUCACUUCUACAUCAAAUGUCAUCGGCAAGACUCUUAAGUUGGAUGUUCCUGAAUCACCAGCGAAUGUCAUGAAGAAAAGUUUAAGCACUUUUAUAGGUCAAGUCAGCACAGUAUUGAACCCUGAACCAGAAGACGAUGAUGAUACAGAAGUCAUCUUGUCAUCCGGAGACACCAUCAUGUUGUCAACAUAUAAGAAAGAACUAGAAGCCCUCCAACGUGUAGAUGCAACAUAUAUAGUGCCAGCGGAUUGUCCAGAGUUCGAUGCCUGGCGCGCUACCCUGGACCCAGGUAUAGAAUCACCAGAGAAGACUCUCAGACGUAUGGCAGCGAGUCCCGUGUUGAAAGAACAGUAUGAAAGAUUAGUCCCUGAUGCUGUAUCACAUGAGGAUUUCUGGAACAGGUAUCUGUUCCGAGUGGCUCUUCUUCAAGACCAACUAUGCGCUUCUUCACGUCGUCUUCCUCAGACCACGAGUGACCCCGUCCUAGCUCACCUACCACCAGUCGUAGAUCAGAGUCCAAAAAAAGUGCUGUCUGGUAUUAUCACAGAUGAUAAUGAACCAGACACCGACAAUGUUACAUGGGAGGACGAGGAUUUUGCAAAUGACCUUGAAUUAACCGAAGAACAACAAAUACUGCUUCUAGAAGAAUAUGAAAAGGAAAUCACGUCAAAAAGAAAAUCAAACCGAGAUUCUAUAAACAAUAACAAACAAAAAGAUUUAACAGACACGAAUCAGAAUAUAAAAACACCACAAAAAUUUAAAACGGAUGAAUGUGGAAAUAAUUUAGUUGAGGAUUAUUUUGGGGAAAAGGAGGUUAAAGAUGACGCUAGCGCCAAUUCAGAUGAGAGUUGGGAGAAGUUUGAGAAAUAA